AGAAGAUGAAGAUAUCCAUCUCUUGCAGCCUUUUUUGAAAAGUAGUUCCAAUCAAAACAUUAGUGAUGACAAAAAAGUAUCAAGUGUCAGUGGAGAGAGUGUAUCUCCUUAUGCAAAUGCCAAUCUUCUUAGUAUUUUCAAUUUCUCUUGGAUGGAUCCUUUGCUUGUACUCGGGUAUAAGAAAACACUGAACCUUGAAGAUGUUCCUCAACUUGCCAAUUGUGAUAGUGCCGAUGUGGUCUUUGCACAUUUUAGAAAUAAUAUUGAAUCUGAUGGUGAUGACAGUGGUAUUGAUGAUCGAAUAAGCACACUCAAGUUCGUGAAAGCAUUGAUUCUGUCAACAUGGAAAGAAAUUCUAUGGACAGCUCUAUUAUCCAUUGUAUGUACAUUGGCUUCUUAUGUUGGACCAUAUCUUAUUGACGCCUUUGUUCUAUAUCUCAAUAGCCCUCUCCAACUAAAAUAUAAAGGAUAUGUGCUAGUGUUUAUUUUCUUUCUUUCAAAGCUCAUGAAAUGCCUCUCUGAGAGGCACUUGUUCUUUCAAUUACGAAAGAUGGGAAAUAGGGUUCGUGCUGCCUUGUUUGCAAUAAUUUAUAAGAAAAGUCUCAGGCUUUCCAGCCAAUCAAAAAGGGAUCACACUAGUGGGCAAAGCAUUAAUUUGUUGAGUGUUGAUGUUGAGAGGACUGGAUUUUUUAGUUGGUACUUACAUGAUUUAUGGAGGGUGCCUGCUCAGAUUGUUCUAGCAUUGUUGAUCUUGUACAAGAGCCUUGGGCUCGCUUCACUUGCAGCUUUUGUUGCCACAAUAAUUUUGAUGUUAGCAAAUGUUCCACUAGGAAAACUACAGAAGAAAUUUCAGGGGGAAUUGAUGGAUUCGAAGGAUCAUAGGAUGAAGGCGACAUCUGAGGCUCUGAGAAAUAUAAGGAUUCUCAAGCUCCAAGGCUGGGAGAUGAAGUUCCUGGCUAAAAUAAUUAAGCUCAGGAACUUUGAGACAAGAUGGUUGAAAAAGUUAAUUUAUACAUCAGUUAUAACUUCCUUUAUCUAUUUGUCUGCUCCUAUGUUUGUAUCCAUGAUUACUUUUGGGUUUUGUAUACUUACGGGAAUUCCACUAGAGUCGGGGAAGAUUUUAUCUGCACUUGCAACAUUUGAGAUAUUGCAAGGGUCCAUUUAUAAUCUCCCAGAUACAAUCUCCAUGGUAGUUCAAACUAAAGUUUCCCUCGACAGGAUAACUUCAUUCCUCUGUCUCGAUGAUCUUCAUCCGAAUAUAGUACAGAGACUUCCAAGAGAAGAUACCGAUGUUGCAAUUGAGAUAGUCGAUGGGAGUUUCUCUUGGGACCUUCAUUCCAUUAAUCUCACAUUAAAGGAUAUUAAUUUUCGAAUGUACCAUGGUAUGAGAGUGGCUAUAUGUGGUUCUAUUGGGUCAGGCAAAUCAAGCCUCCUUUCAUGCAUAUUGGGAGAAAUGCCAAAGGUAUCUGGGGCCAUUAAAUUAAAUGGGACAAAGGCCUAUGUUGCACAAUCACCUUGGAUACAAAGUGGCAAGAUAGUAGAUAAUAUAUUGUUUGGUAAGGAGAUGGACAACGAAAGGUACCAGAUGAUCCUUGAAGCAUGUUCAUUGAAGAAGGACCUAGAAUUGUGUGCCUUUGGAGACCAAACUAUCAUAGGAGAGAGGGGGAUCAACUUAAGUGGUGGGCAAAAGCAAAGAAUCCAGAUUGCACGUGCUUUAUACCAUGAUGCUGAUAUUUAUUUACUUGAUGAUCCUUUUAGUGCAGUGGAUGCUCACACAGGAACUCAUCUAUUUAAGGAAUGUUUACUAGGAAUUUUGGGUUCAAAAACAGUAAUUUAUGUUACCCACCAAGUAGAGUUUUUAUCUUCCGCUGAUCUUAUCCUGGUUAUGAGAGAUGGAAGGAUUACUCAAGCAGGAAAGUACGAAGAAAUUUUGAGUUCGGGAACUAACUUUAUGGAAUUAGUGGGGGAACAUAAGAAAGCUUUGGUAGAAUUUAAUUUUGUUGACCGUAGGAUUGCAUUGGAUAAUUUAACUAACGGUAAGGAAGAUGGUUCUAUUCUAUGUAGUGAGAAAUCGAUUCAAGAUAACAAGAAAGGAGAAUCCAAAAACCAUAAAACAGAAAAACUAGUUAGGCCAGAAGGGCAGCUUGUUCAGCAAGAAGAAAGAGAAAAAGGUGGAGUUAGUCUUUCAGUAUAUUGGAAGUACAUUACUGCUACAUAUAAAGGGGCUUUUGUCCCAUUGAUAUUGUUGGCACAAAUUCUUUUUCAGCUUCUCGUAAUAGCUAGUAGUUACUGGAUGGUGUUAGCUACUCCUGUUUCAGAGGAUGUAAGGCUUCAUAUUAAAGGAUCCACUCUCAUCUUUGUUUAUGUUGUUUUGACCCUCGGAAUCUCUCUUUGUAUACUUAUAAGAUCUAUUCUUAUUGUAAUUGUUGGAUAUAAGACAGCCACACUGCUUUUCAACAAAAUGCAUUUUUGCAUUUUUCGUGCUCCCUUGUCAUUUUUUGAUUCUACUCCAAAUGGAAGAAUUCUAAAUCGGUCAUCCAUAGAUCAAAGUGCAGUUGAUACCACUAUUCCACAUCAAAUCGAAGAAGUUCUAAUCUCAAUCAUAAGAUUCUUGGGAACUGCUGCAGUAAUGUCACAAGUUGCAUGGCAAAUGUUAUUAGUUUUUAUUCCAAUGACUGUGACAUGCAUCUGGUACCAGAAAUACUACAUAUCUACAGCACGAGAACUAUCACGAUUGGUCGGAGUAUGUCAGGCUCCAAUUAUACAACAUUUUUCUGAAUCUAGUUUAGGUUCAACAACAAUUAGGUGCUUUGAUCAAGAAGAGAGAUUUAUAAACACAAAUCUCAAGCUAGUGGAUGAGUAUUUUCGGCCCAAAUUUUUUCUCUCUGGAGCAAUGGAGUGGUUAUGUUUUCGCAUGGAUAUGUUAGCAUCUAUCACGUAUGCCGCCUCAUUGAUUUUCUUAAUCUCAAUGCUAAAGGGAGUACUCAGUCCUGCCAUUGUAGGUUUAGCAGUCACAUAUGGGCUUCGUUUCAGUUUACAUGGAGUCAUAUGGGACCUUAGUAGUCUUGAAAAUAAAAUCAUAGCCAUUGAGCGAAUACAACAAUAUUCUUGCAUCCCUAGUGAACCCCCUUUAUUGGUGGAAGAAAAUAGGCCAAAUUGUGAAUGGCCAUCAAAGGGGAAAAUUGACAUUGUUGAUUUGCAGGUUCGAUAUGCCCCACAUUUUCCUCUUGUCUUGCGAGGUCUAACUUGCACUUUUCCCGGAGGGAUGAAGAUCGGUAUUGUUGGGCGAACAGGAAGUGGUAAAUCAACUCUCGUACAAACUCUCUUUCGUAUGCUUGAACCUACAACCGGUCAGAUUUGGAUAGAUGGUAUCAACAUUGCCAAAAUUGGUCUUCAUGAAUUGCGGUCAAGAUUGAGCAUCAUCCCACAAGACCCAACAAUGUUUGAGGGUACAUUAAGAAGCAAUCUUGACCCGAUUGAAGAGUACACUGAUGAACAGAUAUGGGAGGCUUUAGAUAGAUGCCAACUUGGUGAUGAAGUUCGAAAGAAGGAAGCAAUGCUUGAUUCUGCAGUAACUGAGAAUGGAGAGAAUUGGAGCAUUGGUCAAAGGCAAUUAGUCUGUUUAGGGCGGGUAUUGCUCAAGAGGAGUAAAGUGUUAGUACUCGAUGAAGCUACCGCAUCAAUUGAUACUGCGACUGACUAUCUAAUCCAGCAAACGCUUAGACAACACUUCUCAAGGUCUACUAUCAUCACAAUUGCACAUAGGAUAACAUCAAUUCUUGAUACUGAUAUGGUCCUCUUUCUCGAUAAUGGACUUAUACUAGAAUAUGAUUCCCCAGCCAAAUUGUUGGAGAUCAAGUCUUCAUCAUUUGCAAAGCUUGUCAAGGAGUAUACUCAAAGAUGCAAUCUCUAGUUUUUGAAAGGCUAAAUAGGUGAGUUUGAAU